UAAAGUUGAGAAGUUAGAAAUGAAAUGAAAAUAAAUUCUGUCAUUUAUUCCUUUUAGAAUAUUGUGUUAUUAUUAGGUGUUAAGUAUCAAGUUACAUUUUCAAAAUUCAAUAUAGUUUUUAUUCUGAAAUCGCAAUAUUUUAAAAUUUUCUUGGAAAGGAAAACGCAAAAUUAAAUUUAAAUAUUACCAUUUUCUCCUUCGAACUUGCGAAAUAGUUAGAUACCGUAUUAUCCAAUGUUCUGUUACCUGAAUUCAACAAUGUUACAAACUUUUUUUAUCAUUUGUCUCUGAGUUCUUAUUUCCAACUAUAACCUUUUUUUUUUACUUUUAUUUGAACUUAUUUUGUUUGAUGGUUCUUGUGAUUUAUUCAUUCUGGAUAUAAGAAACAAGGUGCUGAGCAUCAGAGAUGAACACUCUGGUGCUAUGUUUUCAGCAAUGAAAUCUCCUCUUCCUACACCGAAGUUUUACCAGGAAAAAUCAUUUUCAUCAAAAAAGGAAAGACUUCCUCGUUCAAUUGUGAAGCCUCCACCUACACCUCGAGUUAGGUAUUCAUCUCUUGGUAGGUCAGUGAAUUCAGAUCGCCAUUCAUCACAUAGUAAAUCAAUAAAUUCUGAUCGUGCUCAGAGCAUCAGUUUUUUAGAUUCGAAGUCAUCUUUAUCAUCAAAUUAUGAUUCAAACAGUGACCAACUAUAUUUUCACCAGUGCUUUGAAGUUAUAUGCAAACUUGGAUCUGGAUCAUUUGGAGAUGUUUUUAAAGUAAAAUGUUUUGAAGAUGGCAAGUUUUAUGCUGUCAAAAAAGCUAAGGAACCUUUUAUUGGCAAAGCAGACAGGGAGAGGAAAUUACAGGAAGUACAAAAGCAUGAACAAUUACCCAGUCAUCCAAACUGUGUAAAAUUUUAUAAGGCUUGGGAAGAAAAACAAAUACUUUACAUCCAGAUAGAAUUGUGCAAAUGCAGUUUAAGUCAGUAUGCUGAGGAAAACCAUAAUAUAACUGAAAAUGUUGUGUGGUAUUUCUUAUGUGAUUUGUUGCAGGCUGUCAAGCAUUUGCAUGAUCAUAAUCUAGUCCAUUUAGACAUUAAGCCAGAAAAUAUUUUUAUAACUGAAGAUGGUAUCUGUAAACUAGGAGAUUUUGGUCUUGUCCAUGAUAUAACAAAACCUAUUUCUGAUGCUUGCGAAGGUGAUCCAAAAUACAUAGCUCCAGAAGUGAUGGAAGGGAAAUUUACUAAAGCAGCUGAUAUUUUUAGCUUGGGCAUCACUAUCCUAGAAGUAGCUGUGGAUCUUGAUCUUCCUAAUGGUGACGAAACUUGGCAUAAAUUACGGAAUUUACAGAUUCCUUUGAGUUUUUUAAGAGGCUUAAGUUUUCAACUAAAUCAGGUUAUUACUAUUAUGAUGGAACCGAAUUAUGAAAAGAGACUCUCCGUUGAUGAAAUUCUAAAAUUAGAUAUCAUACAAAAUAUGCUUAAAAAAAGACGAAAGAUGAUCCAGUCUUUGGAAUUAAAAAAGAAAACAGAAACAUCUGGAAGUGAUCGAUCUUUCUUUUCUGACUGGAGCUCGAGUAUAUCUGAUGAUGUUUUUGAAAGUGUACCUAUACUAAUGGAUGCUUCAGCAACAAAACUUUGCAAUGAAAAAAGUCUUUCAGUUGAUGAACAAGUAAAUCUUAGCAACAGUUUCGAAAAUUCAAGACCGCGUUAUGGUAUGUCAACACCAAGCAGUUAUCGUUUUUGGGCUGAUUAUCAUACCUCAGGUUCACCAUGCUUAUCUGGACCCAGAAGAAAACAGAUGUCUCCUAGAGGUGACAGUAGUCCGGUGUUUACAAAAAGUCCUCGUUUACAACUUUUUAAUGGCACCUCAGAUGAUGAAGAUCCUGCUUCAAAUCAACCAGCAAAAAAUUUAUUAAGUGUUUUUGAUGCAUUAUCUCCGAGUUAAAUGCGUUAUGUUUUUGUAAAAUUUCAUCAUUUCUUUCCUCCAUGAACAUUACAGAUGUAAAUAUUGUACAUUUUAAUGUAUGUGAGAAUCUGUCUUUAAUAGUUUGAAAAAGUUCUGUGGUUUUUGUGUAAUUUUUAAUGUUUUUCUGAAUAUUAGAAGUUAACUCUUUGUAUAGUUUUUCAUACAUUAAAAAACAUUACUUGAUGUAAUGCAUUUUAAAUGACUAUUUCUUGUAAAGAAAUUAUAAAUUUUACUUGAUUAAAAGUAAUUUUUUGUUAUUUUUAUAGCAUAAAUGAUUGUUUGGUAGUGAAAAAAGUCUUAUAAGAUCUUACACAAACUUCUAAGUAUUAUUAAUGUUGUACAGCUUUUAUAAAUCUAGUCGCUAUAUACAAUCUUGGUACUU